UCGUUCCCCUCUCCUCUUCCCCCAUCAGAUCAUCAGACCACCACGAGACACCGUGAACCGCCGGCGCCAGCGACACGAAGCAGACCGAUCGAUCACACAUACCGACGAUUACACCAAUGGGGCUGUGCCUGUCGAGCGGCGCGGUGGGCGAGGCCGCCAGGGCGGCGGCGGCUGGCGCGCCGAGGGACACCGCCCUCGUGCUGCUGCCCACCGGGGAGCUGCGUGAGUACCCGCGCCCGGCGACGGCGGCGCGGGUGCUGGAGGACGCUUCCGCCUCCAAUGACGGCGGCGGGUGGUUCCUGUGCGACGCGGACCGGAUGGGGUUCGAGGGCCCCGUGGCGGCCGUGGGCGCGGACGAGGAGCUCCGCGCGGGGCAGAUCUACUUCGUGCUCCCCGCUGGGGCGCGCCGCCGCGGGCUCAGCCGCGAGGAGGUCGCCGCGCUCGCCGUCAGGGCCUCCGCAGCGCUCUCCAGGGCCUCCGCCGCCGCCGCCAACGGAUCGGGUUCGGGGAGGCGGAGGCGCGGCGCCGUCGCGCCCCUCGUCUUCGCGCCGCCGGAGGAGGAGCACCAGGAGCUUGAGCGGACCUCCUCUUACAAGGUGGCGCCGCCGCAGCCGAAGCGGCGCCCGGCGGCCCGCCCGGGAAGGCGGCUCGAGCGGUUCGCUUCGGAUCUCACGGCGAUCCCCGAGUGCGAGAUGAGCAGUGAGUAGCGGCUACCUGGACGCACCGGAUUUCGAGCGAUCACUGAACGAAUCCAAGCGAGACUGCACUGCCGUUUCCCGAUCUCCCAAUCAGCCGGACCCUGGAUUGUUGCGGACGCUCCCGACGCAGAGGACGACGACGACGGAGGAAACAAAAGCCACGCCCAGGUGGGUGGACCCCACGCGGCGAUGCGCCGCCGUGUGGUGAUCGGACGAAUGGUGGUGGUGGUGUGGUUUUGGCACGAAAGCUGAACCGAACUGAAUCAUCCAUCGGUUUGGAGGAAUUCGGGAUACGGCCUGAUGAACAUUCGUAGGAAUUCGUAGGAAUUUUGGUCUUGAGUUAGCUGAGCUGGUGCACGUGAUUCAGAUGUCGGUUGGUUGCUUUGCAGCUGAACAACGAAAUGUGAAUAGAGUAUUUCUUGCUGAGAAAACAAUUCUGCACAUGCCUCUGCA